AUGUGUGUUGAACACGGAAGAUUUGCACGUCCAACACCUUUUCGUGUUGUACCACAGGAAAUGCUUUUUCAUAUGGUCCCGUGCAACAAAAAAAAGGCCACUUUAUUUUAUGUUCGUCUGCGUCGUAAUUCUGAACUCGCAUUAAUUCAGACAAACCAUGUUCAAAAUGUUCUUCAGUUAACCUAUCCCGAUUUCGAAUUUCCUAUUAAAUCUAUGACCACUGUGGGGGAUCAAAUACUUAAUGUACCUUUAUAUCAAAUCGGUGAAAAGUCAUUAUUUACUAAAGAAUUAGAAACCGCCUUACAAAAUAAUCAAGUUGAUCUGGUAGUUCAUAGUUUAAAAGAUUUACCUACAACUUUACCGGUUGGAAUGACGAUCGGGGCAAUUUUGAAAAGGGAAAAUCCUCAUGAUGCUGUGGUGAUUAAACAAGGUUUAAAUGUUAAAUCUUUAAAAGAACUACCUAAAGGAAGUAUAAUUGGAACUAGUAGUGUUAGAAGAACUGCUCAAUUAAAGAGGGCUUUUCCAGAUUUAAUAUUUCAAAAUGUUCGAGGUAAUUUGAACACUCGUCUCAGAAAAUUGGAUGAUCCAAAUGGACCAUAUUCAGCUUUGAUUUUAGCCGUUGCGGGACUCAUUCGAUUAAAUCAAAAUGAUAGAAUAUCAGAAAUUCUUCCUUCCUCUAUUAUAUUACAUGCAGUUGGUCAAGGUGCUCUAGCUGUAGAAUGUCGAACUAAUGAUGAAGAAGUAAUUAAACUUCUUUCAGUACUUGAAGAUGAAGAUACAAAAUUAUGUUGUACAGCUGAACGUUCUUUAUUAAGAAUUUUAGAAGGUGGUUGUAGUGUUCCGAUUGGGGCUAAUACGGAAUUUAUAGAGUCUAAAAAUGAAGUUGCAAGAAUUUUAAUGAAAAAUGGUGCAAGCAAUAUCUUACAAGAAUUAAAAAAUAAAAGUAUCAAUUCUUGA